UCAUUUCCUAAUGUAAUGUGCUCAACAGUCGGCACGUUACCUCAAAUUAUCAAAAAGGAAAAAAUCUGCUGAUUUGGUUCCUUCACCAAGCCGCUACUUAUAUAUUCCGAACCUAGAAAACUCUCUAGUUAGACGGCGAGUUCCCCUUUAGAUUCAGGUGAGAAACCCCCGAAUAGGAGCCAUGGGUAAACACUCGAGAUCCAAAUCCUCGUCGUCGGAGCCUCCAUCGGAUAGUUCGGAGGAGGAACAAGUCCAGGAUCAGGUCAAUGAGGAAGAAGACGAAGAGGAGCUCGAGGCCGUCGCGAGGACUGCUGAGGACUCCGACGAGGAGGACAAUGACGCCGCCACCGACGUGGCAGACCAAGACGAUGGGGAUAAUGAGGAAGAGGUUGCAGCCAAUGAAAUAUCCAAGCGCGAAAAGGCCAGGUUGAAAGAGAUGGAGAGGAUCAAGAAGAAGAAAAUACAAGAAAUGUUGGAUUCACAGAAUGCUGCCAUUGAUGCUGACAUGGACAACAAGGGAAAGGGGCGACUGAAGUAUCUCUUGCAGCAAACUGAGCUAUUUGCACAUUUUGCCAAAAGCGAGCAGUCUACCUCUCAAAAGAAGACAAAGGGAAGGGGUCGUCAUGCAUCAAAAGUAACUGAAGAGGAAGAAGAUGAAGAGUAUCUCAAAGAUGAAGAAGACGGACUUUCUGGGAAUACACGAUUGGUGGCACAACCCUCCUGUAUUCAAGGGAAGAUGAGGGAUUAUCAACUCGCUGGUUUGAACUGGCUGAUACGACUGUAUGAGAAUGGAAUAAAUGGAAUACUUGCUGAUGAAAUGGGUCUUGGUAAGACAUUGCAAACUAUCUCCUUGCUGGGCUAUCUACGUGAAUUUAGAGGAAUAACUGGUCCUCAUAUGGUUGUUGCUCCAAAAUCGACUCUUGGCAAUUGGAUGAACGAAAUCAAACGUUUCUGUCCUGUUUUACGUGCUGUUAAGUUCCUUGGAGAUCCUGAUGAAAGGAGAUACAUACGUGAGGAGUUACUUGUUGCGGGGAAGUUUGACGUGUGUGUCACAAGCUUUGAGAUGGUUAUCAAAGAGAAGUCUGCUUUACGGCGCUUUAGUUGGCGUUACAUCAUAAUUGAUGAGGCACAUAGGAUCAAGAAUGAAAAUUCUCUUCUUUCAAAAACAAUGAGGCUCUACAACACUAAUUAUAGACUACUUAUCACGGGGACACCACUUCAGAAUAAUCUUCACGAACUCUGGGCGCUUCUGAACUUUCUGCUGCCUGAGAUCUUUAGCUCAGCUGAGACUUUUGAUGAGUGGUUCCAGAUUUCUGGUGAAAAUGACCAGCAGGAGGUGGUCCAACAGCUUCAUAAGGUCCUCCGUCCAUUCCUUCUUAGGAGGCUGAAGUCUGAUGUGGAGAAAGGCCUGCCUCCCAAAAAAGAAACAAUUCUUAAGGUUGGUAUGUCCCAGAUGCAGAAGCAGUACUACAAGGCUCUGCUGCAGAAAGAUCUUGAGGUUGUCAAUUCUGGAGGAGAGCGCAAGCGUCUUCUCAAUAUAGCAAUGCAGCUACGUAAAUGCUGUAAUCAUCCAUAUCUUUUCCAAGGUGCUGAGCCAGGACCUCCAUAUACAACAGGAGAGCAUCUCGUAGAAAAUGCUGGGAAAAUGGUUCUUCUAGAUAAGUUGCUUCCUAAAUUGAAGGAACGUGGCUCAAGGGUCUUAAUAUUUUCACAGAUGACAAGGCUAUUGGACAUCCUUGAAGACUACUUGAUGUACAAAGGUCACCAAUAUUGUCGGAUUGAUGGAAAUACUGGUGGUGAGGAUCGUGAUGCUUCUAUUGAGGCUUUUAACAAACCAGGGAGUGAAAAAUUUGCAUUCUUAUUGUCAACCAGAGCUGGUGGUCUUGGUAUCAAUCUUGCUACAGCAGAUGUUGUUAUUCUUUAUGAUAGUGAUUGGAAUCCACAGGCUGAUUUGCAGGCUCAGGACCGAGCCCAUAGGAUUGGUCAGAAGAAGGAAGUCCAAGUAUUCCGCUUCUGCACUGAGUAUACCAUUGAGGAAAAGGUGAUUGAAAGGGCUUACAAGAAGCUAGCACUUGAUGCAUUGGUUAUCCAGCAGGGGCGGCUAGCUGAGCAGAAAGCUGUUAAUAAGGAUGAGCUGCUGCAAAUGGUGCGAUUUGGUGCUGAAAUGGUUUUCAGUUCCAAAGAUAGCACCAUUACUGAUGAGGAUAUAGAUAGAAUAAUUGCUAAAGGAGAAGAGGCAAAAGCUGAACUUGAUGCCAAGAUGAAGAAGUUUACAGAAGAUGCUAUCAAGUUUAAGAUGGAUGACACUGCUGAUUUGUAUGACUUUGGUGAAGAGGAGGAUAAAAACAAGGUGGAUUUCAAGAAAAUUAUCAGCGACAAUUGGGUAGAACCUUCAAAAAGAGAAAGAAAGCGCAACUACUCAGAGUCUGAAUACUUCAAGCAGACCAUGCGUCAGAGCGCCCCUGCAAGACCUAAAGAGCCUCGGAUCCCUCGGAUGCCUCAGCUGCACGAUUUUCAGUUCUUCAAUACACAGAGACUGAGUGAGUUGUAUGAGAAGGAAGUGCGCUAUCUUAUGCAAACACACCAGAAGAAUCAGGUUAAAGACACUAUAGAGGUGGAAGAACCUGAAGAUGCAGGAGAGCCUUUAACGGCUGUAGAGCAGGAGGAGAAGGAGCGACUAUUGGAAGAGGUANUUUACAUGACAUACUGGCAGCUAUUUAAAACAGAAAAGCGCUCGCUUCGGUCGCUUCGCUUCGUCGCUUCUCGCUUUUUAGCGGGAAGCGCACGCUUUUGUCUACCUGAUCCUCUUCAUAUAGCAGAGGCGGUUAAAGGGUCGCUUCGUCUUGCUUUAAGCGAGGACGCGACCGCUUUUCACAACCCUGAGUGUUACAAGUAUUUGGAACAUGUGAGAGGACAUGAAACUCUUUUGACGCAAUUUUUGGUUUAUGUUCUUGGAAAACAGUUUUCUGAAAAGCGAGCGAUUCUGCGCUUCUCGCUUCAAGGUCGCUUCGCGCUUUUUCGACUGAAGCGAGCGCUUCGUGUGGUCGAGUCGCCUCAGUUUAGUUUAAUGGAUAUGAUGCUUGCAGAUUAUGACAGGAUUAUUAAGAACAUUGAAAGAGGAGAGGCUAGAAUUUCACGGAGAGAUGAGAUUAUGAAAGCAAUUGGUAAGAAGUUGGAUCGAUACAAAAAUCCAUGGUUGGAAUUGAAGAUCCAGUAUGGUCAGAACAAAGGGAAGCUGUAUAACGAGGAGUGUGAUCGUUUCAUGAUAUGUAUGGUUCACAAGCUCGGCUAUGGAAAUUGGGAUGAGCUGAAGGCUGCAUUUCGCUCAUCACCCUUGUUCCGGUUUGAUUGGUUUGUGAAGUCUCGUACCACUCAAGAACUUGCCAGAAGAUGCGAUGCACUUAUUCGGUUGAUUGAGAGGGAAAAUCAAGAAUUUGAUGAGAGGGAGAGGCAGGCACGCAAAGAAAAGAAGCUUGCGAAGAACAUGACUCCAUCAAAGCGCACCUUGGCAAGACAGGCAGCUGAAAGCCCUCCUACUUCGAAGAAGCGGAAGUAAUUUUCAAUGGAUGGCUAUGUCAUCUCGGGAAGUAGGAAAUGAGAGUAAAAACGAGCACUUAUUUAUUUCGUGAUCUAAUCAUCUGGUACUUAAUUAAGAACGUUAUGCAAUUAGAUCCUCUGGUAUUUUUUGUUUUU